AUGUCGACCCCGCCAGAACCCCCGCCAUCUUACGACCAGGCUACAGGCUCAUCCGGCAAAGCAUCAUCUAAACCUCAGAAAUCAUCCCACCUCGAAGUUCCCUCCGCCAAAAAUGGGAUCCCGACAGAGGCUCGCCGCUCUAUGGAAGACCUCCAAAGACCCCUCCCUGAUGGUUGGGUACGACAAUAUGACCCCAAAGAGAAUCACCAAUUCUUCGUAAAUACCAAAGUCGAUCCUCCAAAGUCAUAUUGGGAGCACCCUCUAGAUAUCCCCGAUGUCGUAAAGAGUCUGAGCUCGGAAGAACGCGAAAGACUACAAGAAGAAGAGGACAGGUUGAGGAAGCAGGCCGCGCAUUCCACAGAACACUCCGAAGAUGAGCAUGAGCACUUUCCACCAGAACUCCCCGCCCGUCCAUCCUCCUCACAACAGCCCGGCCAAAAGAAGAGCCUCGGCGAGAAGCUGAAGGAUAAAGUCACUGGCACGACGCAUGAUGAGCGGGUUCGCAGUCGCGCGCAACGAGCGGAAGAAGAGAGACAAUACUACGAAGCACACAUGAAGUUGAGGCAAGCAAUGCAGCGAGCACAAGUGACUGGUCAGCCUCAAUUCUUUGCCAAAGACAGAGACGGCAAGAACAUCUACGUUGAGCCUCCUGGGGGUCCUGGGUAUGGAUAUGGCGGAUAUGGACAAGGUGGCUACGGCGUCAAUCCCUACGGAGGCGGACCGUAUGCCGACCCGAAUGCCAGAUUUAUUCGACCAGGCUAUCCAUACAAUCGUCCAUAUGGCGCUUAUCCUGGCGGAGGCUAUGGGUUACCUAUUGCAGGAGGUCUGCUUGGAGGUUUACUUCUCGGUGGAUUGUUAUUCUAG